UCAUGCCAUCUGUAAAACCGUUUUUUUCCUCCCUCCUCCCCUUGUUUCUCCUCUUCUACAGCACCACCGGCCGGCCGGAGGGGAGCCAGACCGAGGCGAGGAUAGAGGAGAGACGUCAAGUUCGCCGGCCAGCUUUCUAAGGUUGUAACUGUUUUUGUGCUUUCGAUGAAUUUGAUCGUCCUAGAACUUGGGGGAGGGCAUUUGAUUGGGACUGGAAGGGAUUUUGAUCUGCGCGGCGGUGUUUGAUUUUUCGCUAUUUGCGAUUUGGCGCAUGAAAGGAUUAGGGUUUGAAAGCGAGGAAAGAUGAAUGUCUCGAGGAGCAAGAUGGACGAGCAGCACGGGGAUUUUUGCCCUGUAUCUCCGAGGAAGGAUUGGACGGUGAGAUUGCUAAGAAUAAUAUGGGGUUUGGUAAUAUUCACGGGAGGAGUUUUUUUGGGUUUGUCUGUGAGUUCUCGUUCCAGCCAAUACUUGACAACGCGAAGUAAUGAGUUUUUCUUUCCGGCUAAGAUGUACACUACGAAUUGUGAGAGGGAGAGGUUGAGUAUAAGGAAUUUUGUUCAUCCGAAAUAUCUUUUGCAUAAUUUGACUGAUGAAGAGCUAUUCUGGAGGGCUACCUUGGUGCCGCAGAUGGAAGGAUAUCCAUACAAAAGAGUGCCCAAGGUGGCGUUUUUGUUUCUUACACGUGGGCCACUUCCAUUUGCUCCUCUUUGGGAUAGAUUCUUCAGAGGACAUGAACGCCUCUACUCUGUUUAUGUGCAUUCCAUUCCAAACUACAAGCUCAGUGUCUCAGAAACUUCAGCUUUCUAUGGGCGCCAGAUCCCAAGUGAGGAGGUUUCCUGGGGAUCGAUUUCACUCAUUGAUUCAGAAAAGCGUCUUUUAGCCAACGCCUUGCUGGAUUUCUCCAACGAACGCUUUGUUCUUCUGUCGGAAAGCUGCAUUCCCGUUUAUAAUUUCCCCACAAUCUACAAAUACCUUAUUCAUUCGAAGCACAGCUUCGUCGAGUCCUACGACGAAGCCUCUCCUCGCGGGCGUGGUCGCUACAGCCACCACAUGUAUCCCGACAUCAAGCUCCGCCAAUGGAGAAAAGGAUCCCAAUGGUUCGAGCUUAACCGCAACUUAGCCGUGAAAAUUGUUGCAGAUUACAAUUACUACUCCAUCUUCAACAAAUACUGUAAACCCUCCUGCUACCCGGACGAACAUUACAUCCCAACAUACCUGCACAUGUUCCAUGACAAAUGGAAUGCGAAGCGGAGUGUCACUUGGGUGGAUUGGUCGAGAGAUGGUCCUCACCCUGCUACAUAUGGGGGUGAAAAUGUUACAGUGAUGUUCAUUCAGUCAAUUAGAAAUAAUGGGAGUAUCUGCACUUAUAAUAAUGAGCCGACUUCUCUCUGUUAUCUCUUUGCCAGAAAGUUUGCUCCCAAUGCUUUGCAGACUCUGCUAAACCUCACUUCAGAAGUGAUGAAAUUUUGAAUUUUGGCAAUUGAAAAAGUGAUUUGCUUUAACAGUGCUGGCGUUUAUAGCAAUUGCGGUGCAGAAAAUAAUUUUGGGAAUGCCCAGUGUGUGUAUAGUUUGUUUUGGCGACUUAUUUAUUGGUUACAGAAAAAAAUAAAUAUUCAUUUUAGUGAUAUAUUGGAAUGGAAAUUAUGUUUGCCUUCUGUUUAUCAAUAUUUAGUUGGUUGUAAAAACUUAAUUUAAUUUGUUGUAAAAAUGUUGGCAUAUGACUUUU